GUCAAACUCGGUGCAGACUGUAUUUGGAAUGAACUUCAAACGUGUGGGCGGUUUGAUACAUGGUAAGUAAAUGUGUGGUUCUUUCUUUUUAUGAUUUACUUGAUAGAAAUCAAGUGGAUUGUGGCUUCGACAUUAAGGUUAGUUCUCAAAAUAUGAAAACGUGGUCGAUUUUCUUUAGGAAGCGUCUUUUCGUAUCAAUCUGUUCUAUCAGGCGCACAUCACGGGUAGAAAAUUACACGUGUUAAUUUUUUUUCAUUUUAACGCACGAUUUAAAUGGUUUAUUCAUUUUUGAAAACAAGAAGGAGUUAUCAAUUUUAUUUAUCUAGUUGUUCAUUUCCAUUUAAAUAUUUGUCGUUGUCCAGAAUCAAUGGUUUUUCCCUCAGCACCUGUUUCUAUUUUCUAGUUGAAAUGUAUUUCACGUGAAGACGUAGACAAAUUCAAAAUUGUUUGCUUGAUAAAAGCGUUCCCAGGGAAGCAAACUCUUUGUGAGAUAUAAUUUUCCACAAAUUUAGGGAAAGUUUUUGUUGCUUACAGCUUUCAAAACAUUGUAUUGUUUAUCGAACACGUUUACUCUUUCAUUUGCAAAUUAGUUUCUCUGAAUAAUCUGCUCCUUGAUAACAAAACACAAAGAGUAACUGAAGAUUUUUUCUCGCCAUUGUCUUUUCAGCGCUGGUCGAAAGGAAGGAAGUCUGAAUUUGCGAUCCGCAUUUUGAGGAAUCAACAUCAAAUUUUGUCGCUGAUUUGGACGGAUUUGGCACAAGAACAAUUAUUUUCACAAAUUUUCCUUUAUUCGUCUAGUUGCACCUUUCGUGACAGGAAAUUUACCCUCAAUUCGAUUGAAAUCGCGGUUUUUGUGUGUUUACGGCGAGAGAUCUGA